AUGUCAAUAGCUUCAUCAUCACCCUUAAGAACUACAGGACAAAAAUCGUCUGAGGAAUUGAAUAACCAAAAUGACGUGAGACCCAAUGCUACUGUACGCCACUUAUUGCAAGAAGUUGAGGAUCUACAAAAUGAGAUAUUCGGCCUCCACAGAUCCCUGAAAAUAAACAACGAGCAAAUUCGGAAGGAUAUACGAGAAUUUUGCUCGAUUGGUGAGGGAAAAGAUGAUCUUUCGAGACAAAUUCUCGACGUUGAGAAGUAA